AAAAGAGGUGAAAUGUUAUAGUUUACUUUUAUCUAAUGCAUGAAUGUAUUUUGAUAUUAAUAACAUAUUUCUGUAUGUAUAUUUUAGACUUUCAAAAAGGGAUGCAAUUUUAAGAGAAAUACAACAGAAAAAUGACACAGUAUCAAAACCAAUCGAUUUUUAUUUCAAACUUACUUGCUGACAUCGGAUAUGGAGAACAAAUGAUAGCAUUUAGAAGACAAAUAUGUAGUUUUCUUGCAGACGUUGUCAAAAAAAAAUCAGUGUUGGACUUCGUUUAAGCAGACUUACCGUUGGGAGUACAGCUGAGUGUCUGAUAGCUCCAUCAGAGAGCGAUGUUGAUGUAAUGGAUGUUUUAAUGGACACAGUUUGCAAAGAACAUUCAAAUUUAGUAAUAUAUGAAAAAGAACACCAAUUUAAACUAGUUUUUGAUCAUUCGCGCCCUGGUUAUUCUGUACUCCGAACUGUUCACAUCUGUAACAGUCUUGCAACAGCGGCAUUAUUUUAUGAUUCCAUGCUUGAACUAUGUCCGGAUAGCUUAUACCUUUCUAGUGACUUUUUUAAAAAUGAAAUGAAGAAAUUAUGCAUUGAAACUAAUAAUUUGCCUGAAAAUCAAGGGUUUAUGAAUGUAAAAAAUGAAACUCAAGGUCCUUCAGUAGUAUGGAACAGCAUUGCAUUCUCGGGAGACUUUGUGGUGGCUUUAAAAUGUGAGUGUCCUACAUAUGUAAAGGCAUGGGUGUGUAGGAGAAGAAAGUAUCAGUGGCCGUCUAUUACAGUCAUAAGAGAAGUUUCAUGUUUAGAUUCACACGUUGUUCCGGUAGGAAAUACGACUAGCAAUUUCCAAUUCUUAGAAUGGAGAAUAUGCUACACCAAAGGAGAAAUAAGAUUAGUUCAUAGUUUGAAUGAUUGUCUUACAAAAGUUUUCACGUUGUUGAAACAAAUUGCUAAAGUUACCUUGAAACCAUUAAGUAAAGAUAUGUCUUCCUAUCUCAUGAAAAAUGUAGUAUUCUGGUUAGCUGAACUGAAUGACUAUAAUUAUUUUACCCAAUAUGCAUUGAUAGUGUCACUUAAAAAGGCACUUGCCUACCUGAAGCAUUUUGUUGUGACGAACAAUUUUCCAAACUAUAUGAUUCCUCAAAGAAAUUUGCUCGAAGGCAGACUAACACACUCACAACGAAUUAAAAUUUGUAUGAGAAUAGACUCUCUCCUGAAGGAAGGACCAUAUAUGGUCUUGAAAAUUGCAAAAGUCCGGAAUGCUAUCUCAAUAUGUUGCAGGUCUCCAACAGAAUUCAGUCGAGUUUCAAGAAAGCUACAUGAGACGCAAAUUUUAAUUUAUUUAUUACAAUACUUUGUUCAAAAGUCUAUUCCACAAAUACCAUGUACAUACGAAGAAAUGGUGAGAAUCUUGCAAUCAAACAGAAUAGUGAAUAGACUGUAUUUGUGCCUGCUUGCUGCUGAAGACAUAAUCCUUGAUUUUCUUUAAAUAAGUCUGAGGAUUGUUUGCGCGGUCUUCGUGAAAAUAAACUUCAAGUAAACCUAUAUCUAUUGUGAAAUGCUUUUAAAAAUGAUAGACGUGCCAAUUUAACGAACAAUUUGCAAUCAUCAGAUACCACGAACUCUUGAUAUAGUAUAAAGAACAUUUUCUCUAAAUUGCAAUUAUAUU